UAUAUAUACCUGAAUUUCAUUUUUCUUUCUCGACUUAGGGUUUUUGUGAGGAGAGAAUCAAAGGCGCCGUCGCCAUGGUGAAGUUUCUAAAACCCAACAAGGCCGUGAUCGUCCUCCAAGGCCGAUACGCCGGACGAAAAGCUGUGAUCGUGAGAUCCUUCGAUGAAGGCACGCGUGACCGCCCCUAUGGCCACUGUUUGGUUGCAGGAAUAAAGAAGUAUCCAAGCAAGGUUAUCCGCAAGGACUCCGCCAAGAAAACAGCCAAGAAAUCACGCGUCAAGUGCUUCGUCAAGCUCGUGAAUUACCAACACCUGAUGCCCACGCGCUACACCCUCGACGUGGACUUGAAAGACAUGGUUACCGUCGAUGCUCUUCAGACAAAGGACAAGAAAGUGGCUGCCUGUAAGGCUACCAAGGAGAGGUUUGAAGAGAGGUUCAAGACUGGAAAGAACAGGACGGAUUUCAAUCUGCUUCGAUGAGAUAUUUCUGGGUUCUCCUGUUGUCAUAUGAGUUUGCAGGUUCGAAAGGGAAAGUACCUGUCUUUGCCAUGGAAAAGGAAAACGGACAACUUACAAGAUUCUAGCUCUGAUAAUAAAAGAUUUGGUUGUGGCCUAUUGGAUGGGGUGAGGGGAGCUGAACGCAGGACCUGUUGUCAUCCUCUUGUUUUACAUGUCAGUUAUUUCUCUUCUUUAUCAUCUUAUCAAACAUAAGAUGUGAUGUAGUGAAUUUUAAUUGUUCAUGAAGUUUCAAAGAAAAAUUAACGAAGGGGCAAAAUC